AUGCCCCCUCCAGAUGAAAUAUUCGCCAAUUGGCGUGGUCUCGUCGAUCAUAACAUCCUCGCGACUAUACGAACAACGUUCGAGCUCCCGUCAGAAGACAAUUACGUCUAUCGAGCUGAAUCAUUCGCGAUGACGCUAAGACAGAUCGAGGAGCAAGUCCAUACUGGCAACCUUAGAUGGAAAUAUCAAGCGCAUGGGCAGCAGAUAGAGAUUCCGUCUGCGGACAUAACGGCAUACACCUCGAUCUUCUCCCCGACGACUCAUACCGCCGGGGCCUUGACUUCCUUCCACUCGAAUGCAAAGAAAGGUUCCCCACGAGCAACUGUUGCUGAAUACCUCCAAUCACGACGUCUUUCGCCUUUCAAGAUCCCCAAAUCAAAAGCGCACAUCAAUCCAUACUACGAUGUUUGGGUACAAUCCUGCCAACUGACGACAUUCCUCGGCCCCCUUCCCAAUCCCUCAUACUCGCACCCUCUUAAUGCCAAACAGACGCACCCUGUGCUUCCCGUCCUUUAUCAUCAUUUUGGAUGUGUUGUGCCGACUUGGGAGGCGUUGAAUAUCAUUGCACAACUGGGCAAGGGGGGAGUUAUUGACAUGGCGAGUGGGAAUGGAUACUGGACAUACAUGCUGCGACGCAUGAAUGUUGAAGUCGUUGCUAUUGACAACAUGGCGAGCGAAUAUCGGACAAUGUGGAUUUCGAACACGGUGAAGGCAGAUGGAAUUGAAUACUUGAGGAAGAAUGCUGGCGGGCAGGGAAAGGUGUUGCUGAUGGUUUAUAUCGUCACAGCAGGUACUUUCACGAGGAGACUGCUGGAAGCAUAUCGAGGAGACAGAAUUAUUGUUGUUGGAACACAAAACAGAAACAGAUACACUGGGUUCACUGAUUGCACGAUGGAAGAGUACUUUGAGAAGGAAAUGACUGACUGGGAGAAGGUCUGCAGGAUUGAGAUGCCAAGUUUCGCGGGCAAAGACGAAGCGAUGUUUAUAUGGGAAAACAACUGUGGCAAGGCGACAAUAUAG